ACUUGUAGUCUCCGCGCCCGGGGAGGCGCGUCCUCGUUGCUAAGGAGACGGGCAGCGGCCCUCUGAAAGAGUUGAUGGCAACGGGACUGUGUAAAUUUGAUGAUGGAAAUCCUUCUCGGGCUAAUUGCUUUCCUGCCAGAAACCACUUUCGGAGCCGGGACACUGCAGGCCGCGGUCACUGGGUCGUAGCUCAAAGAGCUACCCUGCAGAAUCGCUUCCAGACCGCGGUUCAGGCUCUCACCGACUGCCAGGAGGAGGGGAAAAGCGAGUCUCCGCCAGUGAGGGUAGAGGACCUGUAUCGGGAAUGGCCUGAAUUUGAAAAACUGCUCAGCAGGCAGAUGAGACGUGUCUUAGAUCUGCCCUUUUUGCUGAAGCAUCACUCUGUGGACAGCCCUGCGGAGUUGUGCUCUUUGAAUGUCAGUGGGCAAAAUUUGGUCACAGCGAAAGAAAAUGACUUUGUGCAUUUCGACUCAGUCAUUUACAUCAAUGCGUCCGAGAACCUGCUACCAUUAGAGGCAUUUCACACAUUUCCCGCCCUCAAGGAACUGGAGCUUUCUUUUAACGGGAUAAGGAACGUCUGCAUCGGAACCGAAGAUUUUCAGUAUUUGGAAGUCCUGGACCUCUCUUACAACAGCCUCUCUCCAGAGGCCAUCUAUGAGCUGGGAAUUCUGCCCCGCCUCAAAGCGCUCUUUCUAACCGGCAACGGGUUGACGUCUCUCCCAUCCACCAUGGCCGUCGCAGUGCAGGACACCUCCGUCUUAACGCUGAUAACCAAGUCUUUCAUCCUAAGGUUCCCAGUCCUAGAAACACUGAUGUUGGAUGACAACCACCUGUCCCGUGCCGAUGUUUUUGCCAGUCUGGCCGGCCUGAGGAGGCUGAAGGAAUUAAAUCUGGACAAAAACAGGAUCACCAGGAUCCCCUACCUGCAGCAAAUCCAGCCGUCGGCCGGGCCGGAGGAGCCUUCUUCGGCCCGCCAGCUGAUCUUCCAGGGCGACUCGGCCGCCAGACCCCGGGAUGGGGAGGCCCGUCUCCGGCCGGGCAGCCGGACGGAGAGAGGACGGCUGCAUCACACCGCUCGACCAACCGCAAAGGGAGCGGACGGGACAGAAGGUGUUUCCUCUUUCAUGGCUCAAAUCCCACCACUGGCACUGGCCUCCAGCCUCUGUCCCCUCGCUCCGGUAUUCGAGAUCCUGCCUGCGAAAUCCCUGAGGGUCCUGGAUCAAAAACUGGUGCCCCCGUUUCCGGAGCUGAAGCACCUCAGCCUGGCCGGGAACAAGAUCUCAAAGGAAGAUGCCCUGCUGGCUGUCGCUCUGUUCCCUUCCCUGAAUGAGCUGGUCUUCCACAGCAACCCUCUGGCCAGCAGUACACGGGGCGACCCUCCUAUGCUGAACAGCUUCCUUCACCAGAGGCUGGGGAUUAAGUUAAUUCGAAAGAAGAUUUCAAAACCGAGCAAAUUGCCCAUUUUUAUUUCUCCCCGGGCUAACAGAAAGGUGAAGUCCUUUAUCCCCAAGGUCCCCAAAGGACCUCCGGAGCUGGACGCUCCCCAGGGCCUCUCGGCCCCCCAAGACCCCCGGUGGGCCGACUUUGGCGGACCCCUCCCGUCCAUCAGCUCGGCCCCCGCGAGGCCCGGCCGGCAGCGUGCGGGCCGGGCCGGAGAGGACGGAGGGUCGCUCACGCCCAGCCAGCAGGACACCCAUCUUGGCCAAGAGUUGGACUCCUUCUUCAUGACUCAGGUGAGCACCAUCCAGAGUUCGCCCUGGAGCCGGAAAGGAGGAAGAGGGGAGAGGAACCCCAAAGGAGGGAAAAAGGGCGGGAGAAGAGCGAGGGGGAAGGUCAAGGAGAGCAAGAAGACGGAAAACCCAGUCAUGGUGGAGGCCCCAAAUCCGUACCGGGGCUACGAGGAGCUCCUGCAGGUGAAGCCCGACCCGGAUUUCAUCCAGCCCCUCGGCCUCCGGGAGAACGUGAGGGCUCUGCGGCGGCUUCUGGCCCGCCCCGGCCUUUACGGGUCCGGCAGGAUGAGACUGGACUCCGGCCAGACAGCUUGGGGCCUCGGGGACAGAAAGCAGGUGGGUGAGGUGAUGGUCCGCGCUCCUCGAAGCGCCAAAGCCCAGCGGCUGGAGGACGUCCUGACCUGCAUGAGGGCUCCCGGGAACAUCACCGAGAUCCCGCUGGUCACGGCCUUGCAGAAGCGAGCGGAGCAGAAGCGCUACCGCGAGGCCGUCCACCUGCUGAAGGAAUUCCAGGUCAGGUACCAGCAGAUGGUGAGGAGCUCCCUCGGCCCCAUUUUCAGCGGCUCCCAGAAAACCCCGGCCGGGCCCCCGUGCGGCGUUGGGGAUGACCCCACGCCGGGCAAGAAGAGACUCGCCCAAAUCCAAGAAUUUGUCACCGGCCGUGGCCGGAAGGGCGGAGCUGGGACCCCAGAUUUAUAGGCCUGUUUGCCUUUCCCGGGGGUGGGGAUUGGGGAGGCGUCCACGGGGUUGCUAGUUAAACGCCCACAGAGGGAUGAGUGGGGCACCAGUAGUGGCCUGGGACUUUUGGGCUGAUGUCAGGCAGACUUGCGCCCAGUGAGCGAGUGAGCUGGCCUAGCUGGAGCCCUGGGGGCUGCAAUAAACGGCAC